GAACCGGAGCAGAGGCUGGGGGCCGGGAGCGAGCCCUGCACGGCCGUCUGGCCUGCCUGGAGGAGCAGAACCGGCAGCUCCUGGGGCAGCUUGCGGAGAGCCAGUCCCAGGAAGACAGCACAGUGCGGAAGGAACGGGAGGUGAUGCUGCGGCUGAAGGAAGUGGUGGACAAACAGAGGGAUGAACUUCGUGCCCAGGCCCACGAGAUCGUCUGCAAGAGCCGAGACACGGAGGCGCUGCAGGAACAGCUGCAUCGCUUCAUGUCCAUGAACGAGGACCUGCGGCACAAGGUAGCCGUGGUGCAGGCUCAGCUCAAGAGUGCACUGGAGCAGAAGUCAGACCUGGAAGCUGAAAUGCUGCAAAUCCAGAGGGAAAUGAGUAGGAGAAGCAGGACAGCCCCAGAGAGCCAGAGGCCAGAGCCCAGCCUGGAAGGAGGACCAUCACCCAUGGUGGAGCCACAGCACCAGGAUGCAGAUGGGAACCCUGCUCACUGCUGCUUCUCCAAGGAAGAGCUGCAGCAGAUCCUACAAGAGCGGAAUGAGCUCAAGACUAACCUGUUCUUGGUGCAGGAGGAACUGGCCUAUUACCAGCGGGAGCUGCUGAAUGAGGAGAGAAUUCCCAGCUUCUUCUUGGAUGCAAUGAAGUCAAAUAUCAAAAAACAGAGGAAAAAAAUCAGAGCCAAAAUGCUGGGAACGGCGGAGGAGUCGGCAAGCAGUGAUGAAGAUGAGGGCUCCUGGCUCCCAGCUCAUGGCACAGACUGUGUGGAUGCUCAGCCUCCUGAAUCCAAAAUUAGGAGCUUUUUUGGGCUGUGGUAUCAGGGCAGCAGCAAAGACACCCCCACGUCCAGCUGCUCUGGAGCCUGGGAAAUCAUCGACUCACUGGAGACACAGCUGGAGCCAGAGGGAGAGAGCAAGCCAAGGCCCAGCUCCCCUGACAGAGCCACACCAGCCCUCUGA